UUGUCUUGACAUAUGACCGUUAAAUUGACUCAGUAGAUAUUGACAGGCGACGCCAACUGCCGGCUUCUGUUCUUAAUUUGAAAUUUUAGAUGAAAAUAUUGAAUAGUUUGUGUUGUGUAUAAGUUGCCAGUGUUAUUAAUAAAAUAAGCUGCGAUCAUGAAGCUGCUCCUACUGGCCGCGUUGGUGGGCUGCGCGUGCGCACGCACCGCGACCCGCCAGCCUGGGGUGCAGGCGCACAUCACCUCGCUCACUGAUAAGGACGCGCGAGCUAAAGCCAUGGCGCACCCGGCAUUCGCCAACGCAGGCCGACAGGCGGGCGUGGAGCUGUGGAGGAUCGAGAACUUCGAGCCUGUUCCAGUACCCGCAAAAGACCACGGCAAGUUCUACAAAGGGGAUUCUUACAUUAUUUUGAAGACGUCAGCCGACAAGAAGAACAACCUAUCCUGGGACAUCCACUACUGGCUGGGCAGCCAGACUUCCCAGGACGAGGCUGGCGCGGCGGCCAUCUUGACUGUCGGGCUGGAUGAUAAGUUCGGAGGCGCCGCGGUUCAGCAUAGAGAGACUGAAGGGCAUGAGAGUCAGCAGUUCUUGGGCUACUUCCAGUCAACCAUCAGAUACCUGGACGGCGGGCACGCGUCAGGGUUCACGCACGUGAGCACCAACGCGGGCGCCAGCAAGAGACUCUUCCAGAUCAAGGGCAAGAAGAACAUCCGCGUCAGACAGGUGGACCCGCUGAUCUCGUCCAUGAACAAGGGCGACUGCUUCAUCCUGGACCUCGACCAGGACAUCUUCGUGUACGUCGGUGAGAAGACCAGGAACGUAGAGAAACUGAAGGCCAUAUCUGUCGCCAACCAGAUCAGAGACCAGGACCACAAUGGACGCGGGAAGGUGGAUAUUGUUGACCAGUACUCGAGUCAGGCGGACGUGGAGCGCUUCUUCACGGCGCUCGGCUCCGGCAGCCGCGACAGCGUGCCUGAGGACAGCGCGGGAGGAGACGACCAGGCUUUCGAGCGCAACGAAGAGCAGACGGUGACCCUGUCUGAGAUCUCCGACAGCAGCGGCAAGCUGAAGAUCACGCCGCUGAAGAAGCCAUACACGCAGGAGCAGCUGAAGCCUCAGGAAUGCUACAUCCUGGAUACAGUCAGUGGCAGCAUCUAUGUGUGGGUGGGCAAGCAGUCUACUGACAGGGAGAAGACCGAGGCGAUGGCUAAAGCUGAACAAUACCUUACUGCGAAGAAGUAUCCUGCUUGGGUGCAUGUAUCCCGAGUCCCGCAGGGCACGGAGCCGGCCGCCUUCAAGCAGUACUUCACAACCUGGCGUGAUGUCGGCAUGAGACACUCCAGGAUUGUGCGCUCUCUUAGCGAUGAAGAGUACUACAACAGCGACGACGAGGUGUCUGCUCGACGUGCACAGAUCGUGGGUCGCACGGGAGCAGCCCGAGCGUUCAUGCCUGACGAGGGUACCGGCAAAUACACUGUCUAUGGAAUCGAACCCACAACCAACAAGCUGGAAGCCGACUCGUCCAAUCAGGGCAAGCUGUACCAGGGCGACGCGUACGUCAUCAAGUACACGUACGACAAGGAUGGCGCUAAGAACUACGUCAUUUACUACUGGGUGGGCAAAGACGCAUCCAAGCAAGAUGAGUCAGCCGCUGCCACCAGCGCUGAAAUACUGCACUCACGCAUAACCGACGCUCCGGCAGUCCUGGUGAAGGUGCCCCAAGGGGAGGAGCCCAAACAUUUCCUCAAGAUGUUCAAGGGCGAGCUGGUGACACUAUUCGGAAAGCAAUCGAAGGAAACCGCUGACAGCAUCAGACUAUUCCAACGCGACGGAGAGCUUUUGUCACGUCUUAAACGCCCCGUACUAGCCCUUCUGAUGAUGCUCAUGAUAAUGACUAUCCAGAUCCACGGCAACGAGUACGGAGUGGACACGCGCGCUCAGGAGGUGCCUCUCACGGCUGACAGCUUCCGGGCUGAUGACGUGUUCCUGCUGAAGGCUCCGGGACAGAGGUCCGGGGUGUGGAUUGGAAAGGAGUCCAACGCCUCCGAGCGCUCCAUGAUCGAGUCGUUUGCCGAAGCCAUCAUCGGGAGAGGAGCCGAGUACGAGCGCAUCCACCAGGGAUCAGAGCCUGCGCACUUCAAGGACCAUCUGGGCGGUGAAGACAUAGAGCCGUCCACAACCCAGGCCUGGCGCGACCGGCUGGCGCGUCGUCUCGGAGCCACGCCGUCGCUGUACGAAGUCACUGUGGACUCUCGCAACGUGUUCACGUUUGAUGAGCAGCCUAACUAUCAGCAAGUGUUCCUACAGCCUGAUGAAGUGAACCUGCUGGACACGGGAGACGAGGUCUACGUGUGGAUCGGAGACGAGGCUGAGCCCAGGCUGGCCAAGAACUCACUCAGGAUCAUUGAGUCGUACUUCAAGAAGGCGGGUCACGCGCGGGUGGCCAUCGUGAUCAAGCAGGGCGCCGAGCCUGAAGCCUUCACUAGGCUGUUCGACUCCUGGGACCCCAACAUGUGGAUUAAACAAAACAACUAUGAAGUAGAAAAGGAGAAAAUGCUUCGGGAGAACUUUAUCGACACCGACUAGAUAUAAAAUUAUAACGCACAAACUAAGUAACGACUGCUAUGGUAUGGCACGUUUAUCUACGUAAAUAGUUGAACGUUAGUUUGAGUUUAUCCAUGUAGAUAAAGAUGUCAUGCCGUGGGCAUUACAGAUAUCUAAAGUGUUAAAUAAUUAACAAUGUCUAUUAUGUUUUUUUUUAUACUUAAGCUUUAAUUAAUUCCGAAAAUAAGUACGCACAUGAGCACAAAAUAUUUAUAAUGUAGAAAUUAUAUGAAUUUGUUGCAUUAAACUGUUUUCUAUUCUUUUA